GCCACCUCCCACUUCCUCUGUUCCUGUUGAUAUUUCUCCCGAUUCAGUUGUCAUUAUUGAUCGAGCUUUGAGUAGAGUGAUGAAUGAAAGGCAGUGUGAUUUCUUAUAGUUUAGUCUUUUAGCGGCAACAUCACUCCACAAUCGUACAGACAGUAGUCGAUUGGAAUCUACUACCAGGGUUUGCGUCUUAGAUCUUAAAAGGGCAACUGAAUCAUGGCGGGUGGGACCCCUUAGAAUGUACAAGACUGAGUCAACUAAACAUAACGAGGGGUGAUGGAGCAGGUUAAUGACCCUUUGACCAUGGUGUCGGAGUCUACUCCAGACACCGUCAGACGGCAGCGGCGCAGGGAGCUGGACGCUCGGCGGAGUAAGUCUCGUGUGCGUCUGGGGUCAUGCCUGCAGAGCUGGGGUCAGCUGAAGAACCACCUGGGAUUCUCUCUGCACUCUGAGCUCGCCAACUACCUACUGCAGAGCUAUUUUUCUAAAGUGUGUGCCAAAUGCUCAGACAGUAUGAAAGGGGACAAGGCUGUCUUGGUGACAUCAAGAGAAUCUCUGCAUCGCUUUGUCCUAUUGGUCCACACUCACGGGCAACAGUGCCCCUUCCCACCCACUCUCCAGUCUGACACUGCCAGAGAGAAGCAGGCAGCUGACACAGAGGAGAGACAGUCAAAGGGAGAGACAGUGAAGCAGAGAACAGGCCCAAUGCAUUUACCACCUCAGACAGAUGUGAAGGACUGUAGCUCUCCAGAGGAGGGCCUCUCCCCAUGUGCUCAGGGGAAGGAAAUGAGAGAACCCUCAGAUGUGUUAGAGGCAGAACUGUGUCUGCGCUAUGUUUGUGAGGGAGGGCAUCUGCUUUCAUGGCAACCUAGUCAGAAUGGCUGUGAUGACGAGAAGGGGGCAGGAGAGAGGGAAGGAGAGACUGUGGAGGGGGAUAUUACCCCUGCAGGUCCAACUAGGUCCAAAGGGAGGAGAGGAGCUAUGGAGCCCAAGAAGGAGAGUGUCACAGGGAUGGGUCAUCUUACUGUGAGGAGGACUAGGGGUCGUGGUGGAGCAAGGUCUGUGGUGACCCAAGAGGAGGCACAGCAGCCAGGAGAGGAGAUGAUGGACCUGACAACCAUAACCUCUGGAGAGAGCAACUCAAGAGAAAAUGAGAAUACACAGGAAGUGUCAGUGGCAGGAAGUAACACAUUGCCAGCGGAGUCCUUGCAGUCAUUGGAGGAUUGGCGGCUGCCUAUGGAAUGUGAUGAUCAUGAUGAUGAUAAAGAGCACAACCCCGACAACAUCACUGGAGAGAAGGAUGACCCUUCACCCGGCAGACCGGAGCCAGCCGACAAUGUUUCUCAGAUUGUCAGCAAAAAGAAAAGAAAAACAACACCCAAAGCAAUCUUGCCUUGUGAGUUUGACGGCUGUGGGAAGAUCUUCUCCUCUCGGCAGUACCUCAAUCAUCAUAUGAAGUACCAGCACUUCCACCAGAGGACGUUCACCUGCUCUCACACUCCCUGUGGGAAGUCCUUCAACUUCAAGAAGCACCUGAAAGAGCAUGAGAAACUGCACAGCAACCAGAGGGACUUCAUCUGUGAGUUCUGUGCCCGGGCGUUCCGCACCAACAGCCACCUUCUCAUCCACCGCCGCAUCCACACCGGAGAGAAACCUAUACAGUGUGAGGUGUGUGGCUUCACCUGCCGCCAGAAGGCCUCUCUCAACUGGCACAUGAAGAAGCACAACGCUGAGAGCAGUUACCAGUUCCCCUGUGAGGUCUGCGGCCGGCGCUUUGAGAAGAGUUACAACCUGACCGCUCACCACCGCAAAAGUCACCCUGACCCUGACUAGACCUUGAGCCUCACCAUCACCACCAUCCCCAACACUGACUCACGCUCCUUCCCUGUCCCUGCACUGCAAUGACCACACCACCACAGGCACAGCAACAGACGACUGCUUUAUCCUUGGCGUGACAUGAAACAAUGAUGCUGUGUUUUGCCCAAUGUUUACACCUGUAGAAAGUGUAUGCAGCCAGCCAAUGGCUUGGCAGGGUCACUCUAUUGACUGUAAAUAAUGCCCCCUUUGGUCUUUUGUGACCCAAAUGGCCAGCAGGUCAGUGGCUCCUAUGCAGUCCAUGGACAAUGUUCAUACUGAAUACAAGCAGUCACCCCUUCGUCCCUGUGUGUGUUUUUGUUACAUGACCCAAUGUUUUUUUGUAAAGAAGGGUAAUGAUUGAGAAGACCAUCUUUGGGUGUUGCGUUUGUAUAAAUCUAUUACUAUAUAGCUUUAUUUAUGAGGAAGGUACAGUAUGUCAAAGGGAAGGAAGGGGGGAAAUAAAACGUUUGUGUUUUACAUUUA